AUGGCGGCUAAACCCCAAGGCCGGGCGGACGGGCCAACCGUCCCCUUGAUCAGCCCGAGGGGAAGUGCUGGGAGGAAGACGUGGAUCGGACCCCAUACUAAUAGGCCCAGAGCCGCACGCAAGGCCCAGCAGAGACAUGGUGACUCCGAGGGGAAUGAGAGAGAAGAAGAGGCUGCCAAGGUCGACGACGGAGAAGAAGAAGAGGCGAUGGCGUCCGGGUGGGGCAUCAACGGGAACAAGGGGCGGUGCUACGACUUCUGGCUGGACUUCAGCUCGUGCAUGAGCCGCUGCCGCCAGCCCUCCGAUUGCGGCCUCCUCCGCGAGGACUACCUCGAGUGCCUCCACCACUCCAAGGAGUUCCAGCGCAGGAACAGGAUCUACAAGGAGGAGCAACGUCAGAUAAGAGCUGCUGCUCGCAAGGCCAAGGAGGAAGCCGAAGGAGCUCCUGCUGUUGCAGCUCACCACUAG